AUGGGCUUCGUAAACCCCGGCCGCUCCUCAACCCGACUGAACAAAACAUUCGGAAAACGCUACAACAACCGCCCUCCUUCGCCCCCUUCUCAAAAACGUCGAAAACUCCUCUCAUCCUGUUCCUCCCCCCACUCCACAUCAUCGCCAUCAACGGCCUCCCCACCAUACUCCUCCCGGCUGCAAACUCCCCUCUCCAUCGCCUCACCGCCCCCAACCCGCAAUCCCCCAACCCUGCAAACCCUCCCACCGGAACUCCUCCAACGCAUAUUCCUCUUCAGCAAAAACCCGCAACUCCCCGCAACAACCCUCCACCUCACCCGCGUCCUCUCCGCCCCUAUUCUAAAACACGAGUACAUCCGCAUACACCACGACUCACACAUCCCCCCGGAACUCCUCCUCCGUCGCUUCUUCACCCCUCAAUUCUUGCAUGCCCACGAAAUCCGCUACCAAUCCGCGAUAGAAUUCGCACCGGAUACAUCUCUCCCCCCGCACCGGUAUUCCGUUGCCAUGCUGCGCUUGCUGCUCCUCCGCGGGGCAACCCCGUCUGUGGAGGACGCGGAGGAGUGGACCGCUGUGCUCAGGGAGGGCGUGCAGGAGGCGGACUUGGUCUUUGUCAGGGCCCUGCUGGAAGAGGCGCGGGUGAAGCCCGAUGAAGAGUGUCUGAGAUUAGCGAUUGAGAAGGGGUGGGUGGAAGGGAUGGAGGUUUUGGUUGAGAAGGGCGGAGUCGGGUUGGGUGGGCGGGGUGUCUGGGAGAAGGCGCUCGAGGUGGGGAAAGAUGGGAGGGGCGUCGGAUUGAGGUUUCUAUUGGAGAGGGGAUGUCCGCCUGCCGGGUUGUUAGGAAAGGUUGGGGAGAUUGUCAGGAGGUUGAAGCGGUGACCAGGAGAGAGGGGGGAGAAAAAAAUAGAUUUCUCUUGCCUUGUUUUCUUUGCUAUACGUUCUUGUGCAUUUUAGGGAUGUUCUCGUGGAUUCCUUGUUCAUAGCACCAUAUUUCACUUUUCCCUGUACAUUCUAGGGAUCCCGGGGACCGGCGGUGGGGAUACGUACAAAUGUUGCAUAGAAAAUCACUCGUAUAGGCGGAGUGUACUGUACAGUAAACCGUCUUAUAACUACUUUUCCUCUUUUAACUUUGCUUUUCUGUAACCUUGUUUGCUAGAGAGCUUUUGCAACACAGGUGAAUAAAAAGGGUUCUCGU